AUGGAUUUACCCACCGCCUUGAGGAAAGGCUCAGACGAUGGCGAUGAAGAAGAAGAUGUUGAAGUUUAUCGAGGGCGUGCAAUAAGGGGUGAAGAGACAACUGGGUUUCCGGAGGUACGAUACGCAAGAGGUAAAAAGGAACCAAAAAACUUUUCUCGAUAUAAACAAAGUCUCAGAAAUGCUUUACUGGUUCGUCGAGGAACGAAGUCUUCUGAACCAAACACGGCGAGAGUCGAUGAAUCGGGUUUAUUUUCAUUUGUGACUUACACCUGGAUAUUUCCAUAUUUGUGGGCUGCAUUUAGAGGACGCUUAAGUCAUAACCAAACCUGGAAUUGCAGUAUCUAUGAUUCUUCGACGGUCAAUUUAGCUAGGAUUGAAUAUUUGUGGAAUCAGGAACUGGCUCGGAGGCCGGAAAACCCAUCAUUAUUUCGAGUCGUAUGGGUUUUUAUGAGGACGCGAGUUAUCAUUGCCUGCUUAAUUUUUUUGUUUUGCCUCACUUUCGGAUUUGUUGGGCCAACCUGCCUCGUUCGUCGUUUGAUUUCAUUUGUCGAGAGUCCUGAUAUGAAAGGGAAGCCAGAUAGUCUGAGUUACGGCAUGCUCUGCGUUUUUGCAUUGUUGUUCGUUGAGUUUUCAAGAGUUUUAUCUUACGGUGGAACAUGGGCUGUCAGCUAUCGCACAGCAAUUCGUGCUCGUGGAGCUCUUUUGGCAUUCUUGUAUAAAAAGUUAAUUAAUGUCCGGACACUACGGAAAAAAACAGCUGCUGAGAUAGUAAACGUUUUCGCAAACGACAGUCAGAGGAUAUUCGACGCUGUGACGUUUGUUCCUUUGGUGUUAAUGGGGCCGCUGGUUAUUGUUGGAGGGAUAAUUUAUCUUAUAGCCCUCAUCGGUAUCUGGUCUUUUCUCGGAUUUUUGGUCUUUUUCGUAUUCGAUGUUUUUCAGUUCAUCCUUGGAAAGACAAUGAUCAAGUUCAGGUCUUCUGCUAUUCAAAAAACCGAGAAACGCGUCAGUGUUACCGGUGAAAUUGUUCGAUGUAUACGGGCGAUAAAGGUGAACUGUUGGGAAGAUUCAUUUCAGAAGACUGUUGAAGCUAUGCGACACAAUGAAAAAGUUGAUUUAAGAAAAGCUGGGUUGGCUCAGAGCUUGGCUAUUGCAAGCGGACCGAUUGUUCCUGCAGUAGCUGCAACUGCAACGUUUAUAGCCGUUAUAUUUUCUGGACAUGAUCUGCUAGCAAGCGAUGCCUUCAGUGCUAUAACAGUAUUUUUUGUAAUGUUGUUCGGUGUUCGUAUGAUUCCUUAUGGGUCGAGGUACUGUGCUGAAUCUAUAGUUGCUUUGCGAAGGAUUCAAGCUCUUCUUCUUUAUCCACCAUAUGAUGACCAGAUUCCCCAGCCUAAGGAAAGUGGCAUGGCUGUUUGUUUAAAGGAUGCAGUUUUUAGCUGGGAUGCAGAAGUUUCUGUUGCCGACUCACCGAAAGAGGGUUUAGUGGAAGGUGAAGAUAAAGGGGCCUCUGCUUUUCAGUUACGGGUUGCUGAUUUGAAAAUAAGAAAGAAGGAACUGAUUGGCAUUACUGGGACUGUUGGAAGCGGAAAAAGUGCCUUACUAGAUGCCAUUUCUGGUCACAUUGGAGAACGAGGCGUGACUUUAUCUGGUGGCCAAAAGGCUCGUAUUUCAUUAGCUCGAGCACUGUUUUCAAAUUCACAGGUUUAUUUGAUCGAUAAUAUACUCUGUUCGGUUGAUCAGAAUGUCAGCGACAGGAUCUUUAAAAGCGCUAUCAGAGAAGUUUUAGGAAAUAAAACGGUGCUGUUCGUCACAAAUAACAUUCAGUACCUGUCACAAUGCGAUCGUGUAGUUCAUAUGGAAGGUGGUCAAGUUGUUGGGGUUGGGAGUCACCAAGAGUUGCUUGAAAAAUCUGAACCCUACGCACAAUUUUGCGAAAGUUGUGUCACUUCUGUUCAAGAGAACCGCUUGCGAUUUGAGGAUGAUCAGAGUAUGAAGAUCACAGAUGACGAUUUUGUGAAAGUUGAGAGCAGUAAGUCAGGAGGAGCAAAAAUUUUAAAGCCUAGAAGUGGUUCGUUCCCGAGUGAAAUUUCAGCAUCUACAGUCGGUUCAUUGGCCGAUAUACCAUUGGCGACAAAUGGUCGCAUUGUGGAAGAAGAAGAAAAUUACGGAUUGGCUGCAGUUAAAUGGUCUAUUUACAGAAAAUAUAUUGAGGCUGCGGGCAGUAUCUUCACUUGGAUCGUUCUGUCAAUUGCGUUUUUACUGAACGUUAUAGCAACAAUAUUUUCAACAGCUUGGUUAGCGCAGUGGUUGAAGAAUGGUAGGAUUGAAACGAAUAUCACUGUCGGAAAUGAUACGUUGGUGACAACGAGGACUCUAGUUAAUAGUCCUGCAAAUGCUUAUUAUGGCACAAUUUGCGGCUUUUCUAUCUUGUUCCUGGGAGUAUCUGGGCUAGUCAAAGCCAUCAUUUUUGUUCAGGUCUCAUUAAACGCUGCGUCUAAGUUGCAUAAUAAAAUGUUUCGUAGCAUUCUAAGAGCUAAUGUGCAGUUCUUUGAUACAACACCAACAGGAAGAAUACUGAACAGGUUUUCGAAAGAUAUGGAUGAGAUUGACAUCAAACUUCCAUUUUCUGCCGAAGUUUUUCUUCAAAACGGCAUAACUUGCAUAUGCUAUCUCAUUAUGAUUAUCUGGGUUUUCCCGUGGUUUAUUCCUGCCAGCAUCCCCCUCGCCUGCUGUUUUUCGCUAUUUGUUGUCUGCUUUCGAGCAGGAAUUACUAGCCUUAAACGCAUUGAAAAUGUAUCACGCUCUCCACUGUUCGACCAUAUCACUGCUAGUAUGGAAGGGCUGUACACUAUCCAUUCGCUUGGGCAAAUUAAUCGUUUUGUUGAUACGUUGAAGACCAACCUCGAUGCUAAUAGUGGAGCUAUGUUUAUGUAUCAGUCUGCUAUGAGAUGGUUGGCUGUUUGGCUAGAUUUAAUCGUAGUUGCGAUUACAUUUGUGGUAGGUCUCUUGAUAGUUAUGUUUACUGGACGUGUUUCUCCAGCUGAUGCAGGCAUGGCUUUGGCGUUUGCUGUACAGAUGAGUGGUAUAUUCCAAUUUGCUGUUAGAACUCAUACUGACCUUGAAGCCAAGAUGACGUGUGUCGAAAGAGUAGCCUAUUACAGCGAGCACGUCGAGUCGGAAUCUGAUGUGGAAGGAAAAAAUGAACGUACAUCUGUACCGAAUGACUGGCCUUCAAACGGGAAAAUAGCGUUCUCCGACGUCAAAUUGCGGUAUCGUUUGAAUCUUCCGCUUGCAUUAGACGGUGUCUCGUUUGUCAUUGAUCCGAAAGAUAAAAUUGGCGUUGUAGGCCGCACUGGAUCUGGUAAGUCUUCUCUGUACAACGCUUUGUAUAGACUUUACUCUCUUACUUGGGGGACUAUCUCAAUCGAUGGUGUAAACAUCGCUCAUGUUCCCUUGCACCGGUUAAGGCGCUCAAUGGCAGUAAUACCUCAAGAUCCAGCAUUGUUUGCUGGAACUAUUCGAUAUAAUUUGGACCCUGAAAAAGAGUUUGGUGACAAUCAGCUCUGGGACGCGUUGGAGAAAGCUCAUGCGAAAGAUAUUGUUAUGGCACUGGAUAGGAAAAUGGACUCAGCUGUUGAGGAAGGUGGACGAAAUUUUUCUGUUGGUGAAAGACAGUUGCUUUGUAUGGCCAGAGCUAUAUUAAGGAAAGCAAAGAUUGUCAUACUGGAUGAAGCGACGAGCAGCUUAGAUUCUUCCCUAGAUAAGAAGAUUCAGGACUGCUUGAGUGAGGCUCUGGCUGACUCAACUGUGAUCCUUAUUGCACAUAGAUUAGAAAACGUUCUUCGUCUUGACAAAAUUCUGUAUAUGGAUCAAGCCAAGGUGCUGGAAUAUGGAAAAAUCUCAGAACUUUUGGACAAUAAGGAUUCAAAUUUAAGCCGUUUAUUAUCAGAGCAGAAAAUAACUCCUGUUAUGAAGCAGAUGUCUUUGUUACACCAAGAAUCUAAUGGAAAAGAUUCUUCAAUUACUGGGAGUGGCUCUAGCACGCCCGUUCGGAUAUACCCUCAAAUUGAUGAUGGAUCUGGGAAAACUUCGCCGGAAACUUCAGAGUUUGAAAAGAUUAGUGAAAGUGCGGUUAAAGAUAACGCAACUAGUUCUGAAGAAAGUGAUCUUGAAAUUAUUGAGAAUCCUGUGCCUCCUAAACGCAAAAGGUAA